AUGUCACAAAAGAAAGGUAUAAUAUCUACUAAUAAAAAUAACCAAGUUCAUGUAAAGAUAAUUGCCGAAGAAAAACCACCUAUUCAAGGACCUGUUUCACCAGCACCUCCGCCAUCCUCGGUGACCGCUCCUCAAGUAAACGUUGGCGCUAAGGAUGAAAUAGAGCUGCUUCGUGAUGGCGUCAAGAACAUCCAUGGUCACCAAGUGAAGAAAACUACUAACUGA